UUACCGCAAGAGGAGGAUCCGCUAUACAGACACGUUACUUCAAAGCACUAAGAGAAAUCUCGUGAACACUUUAUUUUACAGAUAUAUAAAAUCUGCAUUUAUAUUAAUACGAAAUAGUUGUAAAGUUUGUUGGAGUACGGGUUGUUAUAGCAGGGACACAACAGAAAGGGCGAUACCGUUUUCCUAGCUGCAUUUCAGAGAAAGCAUGACCUUUCUGAUGUUGUUUUCUAGAACUAAAUCAUUAUUGUAGAGAAAGGAACCAUUCUUUCAAAAUAUCUGGAAUCAGACCGAACAUUUUUUUAAAAAUUUAUCUAAUGUAUACUAUUAAAUAAGGAGAGCGGAAGUCAAAGAAAGAGCAGUGAACGGAAACAAGUAUCCAUAUCCAAGCUUAUUGAAGAACAAUCUGCCGCUUUAAACACGUUAAGAGAGAAAAGAAGAGCUUUGCGCAUGGCACUAUUACUACCAUCUAUCUAGACAAUGGCUAUGGUUUUGAACAGUAGAUGACUCUUCAGUUUCGUGUUUUGUAUCCUCUAACGUUUUAAAGACACAGUAAAAAAAGACCGCAGACAUCUCUUUCCAGGGGUAUCUUUGACCAUCAGAAUGAAGUUUCUAUAUAAAGGUCCUUCGUUAUUUAUUAUAGUUCUAUCGUAUAUACUAGAGUGCAGGGCAAGCCCCAGCUAUAACGAAUAUUCAAGCAUGGAAGAACAUUAUCCUGCGUACUCGUAUGCUGCAUCAUAUGAUAGUGGCAGUUCUGAUUUAGGCUACUCAAGUAUUUAUGACUCGGGUUACUCGAGUUAUUCGGACAGUAAUUCUUAUGAUUCUGGACCUGUGCCGCUCAUCGAUUAUUCUGCUUUAGGAGACUACUCGUAUGACAACCCAUUCCCUAUAGACUAUGGUUCGUCCUUGUAUGGUUCAUCUGGAUCUUCAGGUUCCUCUGGUUCUUCAGGUUCCUCUGGAUCUUCGGGUUCCUCUGGAUCUUCUGGUUCCUAUGGGUCGUAUGGUUCUUCUGGUUCAUCCGGGUCAUCAGGUUCAUCUGGAUCUUAUGGAUCAUCAGGUUCAUCGGGUUCAUCUGGAUCAUCAGGUUCAUCUGGAUCGUAUGGAUCAUCGGGUUCAGUGGGAUCAUCGGGUUCAGUGGGAUCAUCGGGUUCAUCGGGAUCGUUCGGAGGCUCCCUUGGAUCAUCUGGUUCAUCGGGAUCGUUCGGAGGCUCCCUUGGAUCAGGAUCGCUAGGUGGCUCCCUUGGGUCGUAUGGUGGCUCCCUUGGAUCAGGAUCAUUAGGCGGCUCCUUUGGGUCGGGAUACGUCCCACAGUUACCGAACCUAAAUGUCCCGCCGUUUGACUACCCACCAUUAAACCUCCCUCCGUUUCCUUACAACCCUUCCCAAGUUUCACCUUAUGAUACACGAAUUGGUCAAAUACCUAUGGGUACAAAUAUUCCAAUAGGGGGACAAACAAAUACUGGCCUGGGCCAAAACAACUUGCCAAGAGUCAACCAGAACAACUUUCCCUUGCUCAUGUUUUCACUUUUUAGAAGAUUACUUCGGCGACCUGGUUUCCAACAAAGAUCACGGUACUACCCCAGACAACCUUACUAUGCCUCACGGCGAUUUCCCUAUUAUUCACCAUUUGAGUCUUAUAUACCACGAAUGUAUCCAAGGACAUUGCCUUUCUCGCCAGGAAUACUACCCGUACCGUACUACAGUCCACCUGCUUUGAUGCCAACACCAUCUGUAGCUUUUCCAUACUCCACUCGAGCUUUACCAAUGGCUACUACGACCCCUGCUAGUAUCCCAACGUAUCUACCACUAUUUUGCUCCCAGACGCAACAAAUAGCCGCCGUCCCAACUCAGUAUGUUUCAGUUCCCCAACCCGCUACAACACGAACUAUACCCAUCGUUGUUGUUCCAAAUUCUGUUGCAAAUGUCCCAAGACAGUCGACUGUCGUAAGGUCACAACCUACUUUUACCAUACCAGCUAUCUCAUCAACCCCUUUUUAA